ACCAAAGUUUUCAAAACCAAUUUCAGAACAGACCUUCGAUUAAUAUCGCCGUAUAAAUGUAGUCAAUGUUGGACGUAGUCGCGUGAUUUAUUAUUUUAUGUAUAUAAUUGUAAUUGCAAAAUGAGUGACGAAGAGAAGUUACUUACCGAAGACAAAGAUCAUGUUCAAAUCCGAGAAGAGUUAUCACAGAUGAGUUUUGAAGAUUUACAGAAACUAAAGGACAAAUUAGGAACUAAAAUAUACAAAGAGACAUUAUUUGGAAAGAAAGAGGUGAUUAAAAGACAAUUCAAACGAGAGAAUAAAAACAGGCCACGUGAAAUGUCUGCUAAAAUACCAGUAUCUGGAUUAAGAGAGGUAGUCAAAGUAAAAAAAGUUGUAACUCGAGAUCCUAGAUUUGACAGCAUGUGUGGUACAUUUAAUGAGAAAGCCUUUAAACGCUCCUAUGGAUUUAUCAGCAAAUUACGUGAAAAUGAUCUUAGUACUCUAAAAAAAGAAUUAACACAAGCUACAGAUCCAAGAGUGAUAAAGAAGAUAAAAUAUCUUAUUCAAAGAGUUGAAAAUCAAUUAAGGGAAGAAAAGAGACUAAAGAAAAAGGAAGGAAAACAACAACAGGAAAAAAAGGAACUGAUGGAAUCUAUUAAACGAGGAGAAAAACCUGUUUUCAAAAAGAAAUCUGAGAAAAAGGUUUUGGACCUUAUCUCGCAAUAUGAAGAACUGAAGGAAACAGGUAAACUCAAGAAGCACAUUAAGAGAUUACGGAAGAAGAAUAUACACAAAGACAGAGCAAAAUUAAAAAUUAGUGAAAUGGAAUAGAAUAUAUGUAUAUGUACACAUGUAUAUGUACAAUUAUGUAAACAGGAUUUGUAUGAAAAAUCCAUGUUAUAACUAUUAAAUGUAAUUAAAAUGGUUAUUUUUUGCUAA